GGCGCCGAAGGGGGCGGGGAAACCGUUUCUCUGUCACGUGACCCGGCCCUCGCUCCUAUUGGCCCGCUCGUUCUUUGAAGGCAUCUCUGGGGCUGGUCGCGCGCGCCUAGCAACACCAACAGCGGCGGCGGGAGAAGGCGGCGAGCGGAGCGGCCCCGUAGGUGCUUGAGGCAGAGCCUGUUGGCUUUAACGCCAUCCUCAUCCUGCUCAUGUCACGUGUAUCCAAGGCCUCAGGGGGCGGCUUGCCACCUCUCAGUUUCCUGGUGGGGCCCAGGAGGGUGUUGCCAGCGGAAGGAGGGGGUCACAUUGAGGCAGCUGACACAGGUUCAAGAUCGCUUGCACCGUUGGGCAAGUCCUUCCAGAAAGCUGAAACUCUCUUGCGCCAGCGUGUCAACCCCAGCCUGUGGCGCCUGCUUCCUCCCCGCACCACUGAAAGUGCUUAUGAUUGUGAGGAAGAGGGCUCACCUGGAGGCCUGGCCUGCUUGGCCCAGGUGGAACGCAGCUUUCUGGGGCUGAGCCGCUGCCUCCGCAUGCUGGAAAACCCUCGCACAGAGACCUUUCAGGGCCACGUGCGCCCAGGCGCAGCCCAGGACGCCUUCACUUAUCAUGCUGUUCGGAGCAGCGUGGCACGCCAUUGUGCUACGCUCCGUGCCCUGCUGCAGCACCAGCACCACUUGCGCCUCACCCUUCACUACAGCCGCUGCCUCAAGGCUGCCUCCGACUUUGUGCGACACCUGAUGACUGCAGAGCGCUGUCUGCCGCUUGAUGGCAAAGAGAGUGCCACCUGGGGCCACCAGCUGCGGGGGCUGUGUGAGGAGAUGCGCACCCACGCCACUCACUGGGAUGGGCUGCAGCGGCGCAUACGCAAUGACCACUGGCUGCACCCCAUGCUGCUGCAGCGGCGUGAGGUGGUGCAGCACAUGAAGCAGUCUCUCUCCUCAUUGGUGCUGCACGCUGUCCAUCUCCUGGAGCGCCACAUUGAGGUCUUGCUGCGCCGGUUGGCCCACGCCAUCCCUGUGCACCCUGCCCCACUCUCUGAUCUCUUCCAGGGACUGGAGAUCUACAACCAGGUGGUGAAUGAUCAGGCACUGCAGCGGGCCUUUGUGGAGCUGCGGGCCAAGCCAGCAGCCAGCUCUGACCUGCGGAGAGGAGCUCAAGGUGGCUCCGCUGCCUUCUCUGUGGAGAGGGUGUUGGGCAUCUUAGCAGCAGAAAGGGGCAGGCUGGCGGCCCGCAGGCUACACUCGUUGCUCUUCCGGCAGCUCCAGCAGUUGGGGGCCAGUGGUCUGGAAGCAGCCCCUUGGGGAGACGGCGGUGCUGAGUCCUGGCACCGGGAGGGAGUCUCCCAGACUCCCCAGGCAGGGGAGAGAGCCCUCAGUCUCUCUGUGGCAUUGCAGACCUUGUGCCAGGAGGAGGAGGAGGGCCUGCUGCUGGUCCUGGGAGGACUGGUGGCCUCCACGGACAGCCUCUGGCACCACCUCCUGAACCGGCCCAAGCGGGAGAAGCCCCUUGAGGGCCGGGAGUCUUCUGAGGUGCCACGGGGGCCUGGCUCUGCCUCGCUGCCCGGCUGGAAGUGUGUGCGCUGGCUGGAUGCCUCCUUCACUGCUGCUGCUGCUGUGCUGUAUGCCCAGUACUGCCCGCUCCUCUGGAGAGCCGCUGCCGCUUCUUUAGGCCACCAGCUGGAGCUCCAUUCGCCCCUGGCACAGUUUCAGGAGGGAGCGGCUGCUGCGCUGAGCCAGCGGCUGAGCCAUGCUCUGGCACAGGCCUGCCUGCCUCAGGAGAGCGCAGAGGAGCUCAAGGGCUUGGCCCUCCACCUGCUUCUGCGUGACGUCCUCAAGCGCUGGGACCAAGGUUUCUGCCGCGCCCUGGGAUCCAGCCUGGCUGACAAGUGCUUGGCCCGGCCCGCAGAUGCCACCUGCAGCCAGACCGCUCAGCUCUUUCGGAGCCUCUACCUGCCCUUGGCCUUCAGCCUUGAGUGCCUGGACACCCAGCCUACUGAGGGCCCAGCCGGCAAUCUUGCUGUCUCAGGCCUCCGCCUGCAACUGCUGUCACUCUUGGUGGCCACCACUCAUGCCUCCUGCUACUGGGUCAUGAACAAAUCCUACCAGUAUUUGGCUUCCUGGUCACUUCCCCAGUUCCUGCUCGUGACCCAGGGAGACUUGCAGGUGCUGAAGGCAGAGACCAACAGGAUGUCAGCUCUGGUGAGCACGGCCUUUGCGGAGGAUGGGAAGAAGCCGAGCCCCCUCGUCUCUCACCAGGAGCGGGAGCUGAGCCUGCAGGUCCACUCUGCAGCUUCUAGCAUCCACCUUUUCACAAGCGACGUGCUGAUGCUGUUUUCCUCAGACUGCAAGCGCAUGUCAGCAGAGAUCUUUGGUCAAACCAUGCCACUUGGCAAGCACUGGCGUCUUGCCCUCCGAACAGAUCUGCCUGCCCCCCCCAGCGAGUAUGCUUCGGCUGCUGCCCAGACUGUCCUGGGUCAGGUCCUGCAGGGCAUCCAGCUGCUGCCUCAAGAUGCCCAGGGGGCAGCACUCAGUCAGGUCACGACUGCCUUCUUGGAAGCCUGGAUGGACCACAUCCUUGCCCAGAAGAUCAAGUUCAGCCUCCAGGGUGCCCUUCAGCUGAAGCAGGACUUUGACCUGGUGCGUGAGCUGUUGCAGUCGGAGGAUUAUGGGCUCUCCCCGGAGGUCAAGCAGCUGGUGCUGUCCCUCCGUGUCUUCCAGCAAGUGGACAAUGCCAUCGCCUGCCUCUUGCAGCAGCCCAGCAAAGCCGCUGUGACCUCACACACUUGGGACGCCUUCCACAAAUGCUGCUCCUACGAAGGGAUCCGUACGCAGGAUGGGGGCCCAGGGAGCCUGAACAGCCUGGAGAGCCUGGAAGGGCUGCCUGCCCAGGCGAGGGCUGCGUUGGAGAGCCAGGCGAGUGACUUGUUCAGCCGUAUGCAAGGAGGCGGCUGCACCCCCGAGAGCUACCUCAGCCCAAUGCAGCAGGAGUGGCUGGCGCUGCGGCUGCAUGGGGGCCGCCGCUGGAGGGUGCUUGCCCUGCCCUGCAUGAACAGGCCCUCCGAGCCGUGACCAGGCCCUGGUCCUCCUCUGGGCAUCUGCCUGGCAGGCCAGCCCCAGCCUUGGCAGAGUGAUCCUUACUGUGCCACCAAUCCUGGCGUGGGCUCUGGCUUUCCUGGUUCUCCCUGUUCCCUGGCAGUCCUCUGCCUGACCCUCGUGCCUCACGUGUUCUGCAGCAAUAGGGUGUCUGCCUCGCAAGGCUGGCUCAGGUGGAAGCUGCCCUUGGGAUGGGGAGGGGAGGGGCCCACAUCGAGGCCUCCUGGUGCUCCUCCUCUUCCUGCCACCUGCUUCCAUGCAGAGCCUUGUGGCUGAUUCUGACAGGUGCUCACAAGAGGGGCGUUGCCCCAUUGCGUCUGCCUCUCUCCCAGACCCCGGACUAGAGGACAUUUCACGUCGAUCAGCAAGUCCUUCAGAAGCCCCAGUGCAAUGGGACCGACCUAGUGCAGGUGUUGCUGAGUAACUCAAAAUCAGCUUGUGCAGCAGCUGUUGGGAUAAUGAAAUGCGCUUCAGUGCCCAGGUACAUGAAUGCAGGCAGCACCCCCUGGUGUGGGAGGGGCAGGGGAGUACUUUGGUUUGGGGUUAUCUGAUCACCUGUUUUCUGCAGUAAAGACUCAAAAGAUUGCAACCAGUAAACUCUUGUUUUGAUGUAGGAAUAAAUCAGUUAAAAUGUGUGUAACCCAUUUUUCUCUGCCUGCCAGUCAUCUCUCUUUAGGGGGGAGGACUGUUGUUCAGUAGCAGAACAACUGCUUUGCAUGAAGGAGAUGCCAGGAUGAAUCCACAUCUCCAGGGAGGGCUAGGAGAGACCCAUGCAGAGCUAUUGAUGCUCAGGUAGACAGUGCACAGCUAGAUGGGCCAGUUAUGGGCUCACUAUAGGGCAGCAUCUGUUUCUGUGCAUUGUGAGCUUCUGUAAAACAAUUGCAAAAUUGUGACCCUUCUAGAAUCUUGUGGUGCUCCACAGCCCAAGGAGUGACAUUUGGGAGCCCUGAGCUGGCUGUGAACUCAAGAGUAGCCCAGAAACCAGUUCACUGGUGGUGUUUUUUUGUUUUUUAAGUUAGUCCUCAUUACUCCAGCAAAUCCUGACACGUCACACGAGACACACAUUCUGAUGACACCUGCCUGGCUCAAAAAGUUGACCACAGCCAGAUCUGGCCUUCCCUGUUGGUCAGGAGGAAAGCAGCAGUUGCACGUUACUCUGUGCUAGUCAGACCUCGGCUGGAAGGCUGUGCCACAUUUGGAAAGAAAGAUAAUGGAAAAGCAGCUCUGUAAGGGGAAGUUGAAGGCAGGGGACACACGUGUGUGUGGUACGGCUCUUCAAAAGUCAUACAGGAGGGCGGUCACAGAGAAGUGGGCAAAUGCUUGUUCUUUGCUGCCCCAGAGGGCAGGAUUACAUUCAAGGGGCUUAUGAGAAUAUGGUAGAUUUUGGUUAAACAUGAAGAGAUCCUUCUUAACCAGAAGAGCCAUUUGAUAACUGGACCAAUGAGCUAGAGGUGUGCAAGCAGAGGCUGCUGGAGAGCCAUUU